UUUCAAAGCAUCGGAUGAGCAUGCAUUGUGACCAGUGUAUCUUCUCAUUUAGACUUGAUCAUAAAGGAUCGACAUCGGGUGCAUCUUAAGGUCUCACUGAAACGAGUGAAUAUAUUUUCUCAUACCGACUCCGACAGACCUUUUGACGAUAGUUCUUUUUAAUAAUAUACAUGACACUGGGCAACUGAAUCGUGUGUGACCUCUGCAAAUCUGCAAAGGUUUUGAGAAUGGUGUCAAGCAGUUUUACCGUAAAACGUAACGACAUGAAGAUACUGUUGUUGUCCUUGCUAUCGGUGAUCCCGUCGAUCCUAGCGAUGUCAAACUCGUCGGUUGUAGUCAACGGGAUCGUGUUCACAGUUCAGGCAGAUAAUAAAACGCGUCCCGAAGCCCGGAGAAUUUGUAAAAGCAAAACAGCACGGUUGCCACUGUACAUGUCAACUGAAAUUCAGAGCAAAGUCGUGCAGGAGUUGGGUGAUCACUGGAUAGCUUUGAAGAGAAACGGAAGUAACACCCCCUGGAAAUGGCGUAUACCUAGUCUGACUGCUGAAGUACCAGGCAGAUGGAAGUGUUAUGGAGAUGGCUUUAGGGCCAUAACUGACAGUCAAACACAUUGGAUGCUAGUCAGCAGUUCGUCUUCACAUCGUGUUGUGUGCGAAGGAGGAUCUGAGGAAGGGGCGACAAAGUCGUUGAAUGUCAAUGGGACAGUGUUCAGAUUUGAUGGGGAUAAUGCAACGUUUUGGAGGGCGAAGAAACUUUGUAAAGAUAAAACUGCACGACUGCCCCAGUAUCUAUCAACUGUAAUCCAGAGUAAAGUGGUGCAGAAGUUGGGUGAUCACUGGAUAGGAUUGUACAAGGACAGGAAUGUCUGGAAAUGGCAAAACACUACUCUACCUGCAAACGAAUCCAACAAAUGGAAUGAUACUGGCAAUGGAAAUCGUGCAAUAACCGCCGGUGGAAGGCAUUGGAUGAAGGUACGGUCAAACUCUCGUCAUCGAGUUGUGUGUGAAGGAGGAUCGAGAAAUGGGACUACAACCGACCCCCCUAUUACAGACUGCAACGUCACAGCUAUACCAUCUACAGCUGUAACAACCACUACUGCUACUACAACUACUACUACUACUACAGCUGAAACCACCACAACAUCUACUGCAACUGACACCACCAGCACUGCCACUGACACCACCAGUGCAGCCUCUGAGACCACCAGCACUGCCACUGACACCACCAGCACUGCCACUGACACCACCAGUGCAGCCUCUGAGACCACCAACACUGUCACUGACACCACAAGCACUGUCACUGACACCACAAGCACUGCCACUGACACCACCAGCACUGCCACUGACACCACCAGCACUGUCACUGACACCACCAGCACUGCCACUGACACCACCAGUACUGCCACUGACACCACCGGCACUGCCACUGACACCACCAGCACUGUCACUGAGACCACAGAGACCACCAGUACUGCAGGUGAAACCACCGCCACUACUACAACUGUAACUGACACCACUACAACUACUACUACAGCUGAGACCGCCACAACAUCUACCGCUACUGACACCACAUUUGCUGAGACAACAGCUGAACCGCUAGGUGUUGAUCGUAUGGGGCGGACGAUCUUCAAGAAAUGUAUCUGUAGGUGCCGAAAUCUGAAGGCAGCACCAAUCAAACUAAAGGCAGUGGCAGUGAAAGUGACGGAAUUGAAGAAAAAUGUAUCCGUCAACCUUAAAGACAUGACAAAAUCAAUCCUGAAGAAGACAAGUCGUGUGGACAAGAGGUCUUCAGCUGAUGUGAUUGGUUGGGCGUAUCUGAUUGUGGUGGCUGUUCCCUUCAUGGCAGUUGUCUUUGGUGACAUCUUGAAGGUCGUGAAAUGGUUGUGUGUGAAAAAUAAAGGGAAACCAAUAUUUUCGGGAACAGAGUAACCGCACAGGUAGCAGAAUAACGAGACUAAAGCGAUUGGACAAACGAAAGAAAAUUUAUCUUUUGUAACAGAUACAGGACAUGUUAGUUUUGUUGCAGUUCAUGGGUUAUGUUAUGUACGGUUAUGUCCACAGUGACCCUGUUACUUAAAGCGUGGAUACACACACUCUUUGUGUGUGUGUGUG